UCAAAACAGUUCACAGGGAAACAUUUGCUGAGUUUUUAAAGCUCAUAUUGAAAAAUGUUCACAUCUGCUUUGCGGCUUGUGUACAUUAGCUUGCUGUUGAGCCCCUCUCAAAGCUGCUAUCAGUGUUUCGUUGAUGUGAAAGACAGUCUUCGUCUGUGCUGGGGUUACCUUUUGACCAAGUACAAUGUGAGAAAUGUUGACACCUGCUUCGAGAAGCUGGACCACAUCUUCAACAAUAAUAAGACGGUGAUUGAAGCUGGUAGAGUGGGUAAAGGCUAUGACAUCCAACUGAAGGAAAUUCUGGAUGCAGAGAUCCUGCCACUGGUGGAAGAGUUUGACCGAAAGCUCAAUAACGACACUGUGUAUGAGCAAAGGUUGCAGACAGCAGCAGACAAUUUCAUCUCAGCUGCCUCCAAACUGCCUAGAGUCUCUGGAUGUUUCCCCCCAUGUGGUUUUCAGAGUGCAGGUGCAGUGUACAACUGUAUCACCUGUCAGUAUGACUCCUGUGAAUUCCUUCUCGACUGUCCAGUGGAAGAAAUUAAAGUUAUGGAAAACAGCAGGAUUCGAAUGUGGUGCGCUGUGCCAUUUGCCUUGCCAAGUGAUAUUGAAGUGAUCUGGAGGUUCGCAGAGGAGGUUAAAACCCAACAAAUGGAUCAGUUUAAAGAAGUGACUGUGGGAGUGGACAGGCUCUACUCCAUCCCUUCAGUGAGUUUGCAGCAUCAGGGCACCUACCAGUGUGAGAUUUACUCGGGCCAACUCUCCAUUGUCAGAGUAUACUACUAUAUCUCAGUGACCCCCCAGCUUGUGGCAGGCCACACAGAGCUGCAGGAGAUAUUUGACCUGUCUCUUCUCCCAGGAGGGCAGUUAUUCCCUGCAUCUGGUGACUCUCCCCGCUCCUUCCUCGCCUCAUUGUCACUGCUUCUCGCUGCCUGUUUAACCGCUUUACUGCUGCUGCUGUUUAUCUCCCUGGGGGUUCUGUGUUGGUCAUCAAUACAAGAGCAAAGUCAUACUGAAGAAACAGAUGAGGAUGAAGAUUUAGAUUUAUUCUGAGUGUUUGGAAAAUACACGUUAAGAAACAAAGGCAUUUCAUCAAGUCUGCAGAGUGCUACGUCAUAGUCCAGACAACCUGUGUGUGACUCUUUCCACCACUAGAGGGCAGAAUCCGCCUCUUUAUUAGUAGCAUCCACUAAAUAUUUUGCUGUAUG